UUCUCUUUUCUCUUCAUUAGUUUCUGUUCCUUAUUGAUGUAACAUUUCUCUCUCUAAACAAAAACAAAUUUGUGAAAAUGUUCAAACGUUAAUUUCCUUUGUAUUUGAAACAAAAUUCUGGCAAAAAAAUAAAUAAAUUAAGGAUUCAUAAUAUUUGCCAAAGAAGAAGAGAAGCCAUGAUGGGCUUCGAAAAAUGCUUCUUCUUGUUUCUCUUCUUCCUUCUUGUUGGUCUAACUUCUUCUUCUCCAUUGUACAUCAAACAUGAUGUGCUUGAGGCUCGUGUUCAAACGGGGCGUGCCCUUCUUCAACAACAAGGAAAUUGUCCCAUUGAUUUUGAGAGGGAAAACUACACUGUCAUAACAAGCCAAUGCAAAGGACCUCACUACAAUUCAACAAUAUGUUGCAAUGCAUUCAAGCAAUUAGCCUGCAAACAUUCAACAGAGAUAAAUAAUGUGCAAAAUGGAUGUGCUACAACAAUGUUUAAUUACAUAAAUCUCUAUGGCAAAUAUCCACCUGGCCUUUUUGCAAAUAUGUGCAAAGAGGACAAAGAAGGCCUAAAUUGCAGUAAUAUUGUUCAGCCUGAAGGCAAAUCUGAGGAACAAAAGAGUCAUUCUUCAAAAGGUGCUAACUUUUCAAUGGUGCUUAUGCUGAUAGCCAGUGGCUUUCUAAUCAUAAUGUUAAAUAAAUGAAUGAUGAAUAUUUUUUUUAAUUUUUAUUUUUUUGGUUCUUUUUUAUGUAAUACUUUCAUUUACUUAAAUAUAACAUUAUAAUUGGGACCUGUAAUUAUUUUAUUAAGGUUGGUUUACAAAAAUAGCCUUAGAGGCGGGUGGUCUUGACCUUUUGACCUCAUUUGCCCUACGGAUAAAAUUUUAAGUAUAACAAGUUUUGUCCUUUGACCUUGCCAUUUUUAAGGUCCUUGCGUGUAGUUUCUUGUUUAUUAACACAUCCUAUU